CCCUGUAUCUAUGAAUUGGUGGAGAGGAAAUAGGUCAACGUAAUUACCAAAAUACCCCAGGAACCCAAAACAGGGUUCAAUUCCAUCCUCAGCUGCCCAACCGAGCACGCUAGCGAACUCCAAACGGCUAAAUCAGCCAAAAUUUUCGAACGAGCGCACGCCAAUAUGUCUGCGCAUAGGCUGUGCACGUUAGCCCUUCCACUCACCUAUGGCCACGUCAUCGAAUUGCCACCUCCUCCUAUUCCCCGCGACUCCGCCCCUCUCCCCCUCUUCUUACAGCCUCAGCGGCACUGAAACUCAAAAUUAACAAAAGUCGCAGUCGGAAUCUUAUUUAAAUUCCGAAUUAACCCCUGGAGAAUUAAUUUAAGUCCAGCCCCGUCCUUGAUACAUGGCGCCGUCGUCAAUUCCGGCGGCUCAGGGAAGCCAGCCGCAGCUGGGGGCCGCCGACCCGACGAGGGUGGCUUGCGAGCAAUGCGGCUCCGGUGAGCGGGACGAUGAGCUGCUUUUGUGCGACAGGUGUGAUAGAGGCUACCACAUGCUUUGCGUCCGCCCAAUCGUGGCCCGAAUUCCUAUCGGGCCCUGGUUCUGCCCGUCUUGCUCCGAUGAUCACAAUCGCCCCCUAAAAAGUUUUACGCAGAAGAAAAUUGUUGAUUUUUUUAGGAUUCAGAAGUCCGGGGAAUUCACAGAGAAAUGUGCCUCCCCUCAAGAUGCUAAAAAACGCCGAAGACGAUCUAGUACAUUAGUAUUCCACAAGAAGCGUAGGAAAUUGCUGCCAUAUAUUCCGUCUGAGGAUCCAGCAAGAAAGCUAGCACAGAUGGGAUCUCUUGCCUUUGCUUUGACAGCUCAGGGUAUGGAAUUCAGCAAUGAACUUACAUACAUGCCUGACAUGGCUCCUAGAUCAGCCAAUCAAGCCGUAUUUGAGAAUGGUGGCAUGCAGGUUCUUUCUAAAGAAGAUACUGACACCUUGGAACACUGUAAGGCUAUGCACAGAAGUGGCCAAUAUCCACCUCUUGUUGUAACCUUCGAUUCAUGUGAAGGCUAUACUGUAGAAGCUGAUGGUCCCAUAAAGGACAUGACAUUAAUUGCAGAGUAUACUGGAGAUGUGGAUUACAUUAAGAAUCGAGAACAAGAUGAUUGCGAUGGCUUGAUGACCCUCCUUUUAGCAACCGACCCCUCCAAAAGUCUUCUUGUCUGCCCAGACAAGCGUGGAAACAUUGCUCGCUUUAUUAGUGGCAUAAACAACCAUACAUUGGAAGGCCGAAAGAAGCAAAAUGUUAAAUGCGUGAGAUACAGCGUUAACGGGGAAUGUCGGGUGCUUCUGGUUGCCAAACGUGAUAUUGCUAAGGGCGAGAGGCUAUAUUAUGAUUAUAAUGGAUAUGAACAUGAAUAUCCAACCCAUAAUUUUGUCUGAGUCUUGUUGCAGAAUCUUUCUCUGACUGUCCACAGAGUAGUGAAUUUUAUUUUACUUUAGAUCCUCACUGCAGAUAAGAAACCAAAUGUUGUUUUUCUUCAAUUGCAUUUAUCAUGCGCUGCUUGCCAUUUUAAGUAGCAUUAGGAAAUUCAUAGUUGGCAGAGAAAAUCUUCUCUAGAUUCUGCAUGUUAAAGGUAGGAACCUUACUUUGCUAGUACCACCCUUCUUAUGUAAAAAGCAGUUACAUUCAACCACAUAAUUUAAUCUAGUUAUUUGAGGGUCCUGUUGGCUCAAUUUUUCGUUA